AUGGCCCUGAGCCCUGACGACCCCUGUGGUGGGUUCCAACACGACAGGGUGAUGGCCUUCAUCAAUGAGAAGAUGGCUGGGCACGUGAAAGGCCUUGAGUUCUACCAAAACAAUAUGGCCCUGUCCUGGGAGGAGGUAGAAGACAAGCUCAGUACCAUCCUGGAGGACAGUGAGGUGCCCAGCCAGGCCAAGGAGGCUUGCACCUGGGGCACACUGGCCCUGGGUGUGCGCUUCGCCCACAGACAGGAGCAGUUACAAGCGCGCAGGGUGCAGUGGCUCCGUGACUUCGCCAAACUGCACAAGUCGGCUGCGCAGGCCUUGGCCUCAGACCUGAGGGAGCUUACGAUACAGAAGGAGAUGGAGCACAGGGAUGCGGCCUUCCAAUUGCAGAUGGUCCAGAACAGCCUAACUGAGGUGCAGAAAGAGCGGGACCUGCUGAGGUGGAAGCUCCUCCAAGCUGAGCUAGGGUAUUCCAGACAGCAGGAGCAGGCUGUAGUUGCAGCCAGCCGGGCUGAGACCUACAGAGCAGGUGAGAAGGAAGAGGAUGCGAGAGCGUGGACCAGGGCAAUUAUUGCCGCUGCUGUUGCUGCUGGUGAUGCUGAAGGAGGAGAAGAGGAAAGGGACGCGGAGGCAGGGGCUUUCUCCACAGAGGCCCCCCAGGAGCUGGAUGGAGGCUUCCUGCAGUACCUGGGAGUUGGGGGGCAGAGGGAGGGAGAUCUCAGGUCGGUGGCAACAGCCUCGUAUCCUUUCUGUGGGAUACAGGAGCCCCAGGCCACCGCCUCACUGGAGCCCCUUCCUGUCCAGCUCCCUGCCUCAUUCACAUACUCAUACUCAUGCCCUUUGUCCUCCUUCUCAGAGGGACCCAGUCCAUCCCCACCGACAGUACCAGCCACAGUACCAAAUCCACCCCACUGGCCUCCCAACUGGGGGGCCUGUAAUACUAGCAUGUGGUCUGAUGUAGGAGAGCAGGGAACGGAUUCUGAAGAACUCCAAAGAGAGAGGAGAGACCACGAACCCCAGCAGCAGAGAAGACCUCCAAUAUUCCGCAGGCCUGGAGACUGGGACUGCCCUUGGUGUAAAGCCGUGAAUUUUUCAAGAAGGGAAAUUUGCUACCGCUGUGGGAAAGGAAUCUGGCUUCAGAGCCCUCAGUGA